ACAUCUUGACUGCUGCAAAGAGCAGAGAUGCUUCCCAGAAUUCUCUGCAAGACAGCGACUUCUGGAAUGGAUUUAGAUACUUGUGCUAUUGUUUUUAAUAGUGGGACAUAAAGUAGACAGGACUUAGGAAAGCACUUUUAUUUGGGAAAAGUAGGACUAUUUGUUGUAUAAUGUUACCAUAAACUCAUAUAGCUAAUUGCACAUCUGCAAAUGCAAUAAUCGGUAACUGGAGUACGCUUCAGGCCACCAUUAUAUUUUGUGAUACCGUCUUUUAAUUUUUCGCUGAACUGGUUUGCCUGAUUAGCUAUGCGACUAGAAAGUGUUAACUAGUUAUCUAGCUAUCUAGCUAACGUUAGCUAAAAAAGCAAAACGCCAACCUAUAGCGCUAACCAGUCCACCAAUUUCCCUAUUGAAAGUUAACUAUUUUUUAUUUUAGCAUGAACUAGCUAGGUCAGUUGACUACACUAGCUAUAGCUAGUAAAAAAAAAUGCUACGUUAGCAAACAGAAGAUCCCUUCCGUAUUUAACUAACAUUACAAUUUCCGCGAGUGUGGCGUGACAGUCAGCAGAUGAAGUGACAGAAAAUUUUGUUCUGUUCUUGGAAAGAAAAAAAAACAAAACACUCGUAUUUCAUAUUGCAAUUUCGUAUAGCACGGUAACGCAAAAUGUCUGAAUAUACACCAAAGUUGCAGGUCCAGCUGAAUGAAAGAUUAAUGAAAUUAAAAGAACGUUUUGUGCAGAAGUUUGGGAAAACGCCUCUUUUUUAUGCGUAUGCUCCUGGACGAGUAAAUUUAAUAGGAGAGCAUAUUGACUAUUGUGGAUAUGCUGUGCUCCCGAUGGCAAUUGAGCAAAAUAUCCUGGCUGCAGUUUCAGUGGAUGAGUCUCAAACUAUACAACUGGCAAAUGCAAACCCUCAGUACAACGAUAUCACCGUGUCUACUGGAGACCUUAAGAUUGACAGAGCCAACCCUCAAUGGCAGUAUUAUUUUCUUUGUGGAGUUAAAGGAGUACAGGAGCUCCUGGGCCUGGCUGCUCCAGUUGGGAUGCAGUGUGUAGUGGAUGGGACUGUGCCUCCCAGUUCAGGCCUGUCCAGCUCCAGCGCCCUGGUGUGCUGUGCUGGCCUCCUCACUGCAGAGGCCAACCGCAAGACUUUAACAAAGGUGGUGCUGGCUGAGACCUGUGCCCGAAGUGAACGCUACAUUGGCACAGAGGGAGGGGGCAUGGACCAGUCCAUUUCUUUCUUGGCAGAGGAAGGAACUGCGAAGCUCAUAGAGUUCAACCCGCUGCGCUCGACAGAUGUGAAGCUCCCGGGCGGGGCCGUGUUCGUCAUCGCUAAUUGCUGUGUGGAAAUGAACAAGGCCGCCACGUCUCACUACAACAUCCGGGUGGUGGAGUGCCGGAUCGCCACCAAGGUGCUGGCCAAGAGCAGAGGCCUGGACUGGAGCAGACUGAUGAAGCUGGGGGAGGUGCAGCCGGAGCUGGGAGCCUCCCUGGAGGAGAUGGUGCAGAUAGUGGAGGAGGUGCUACACCAGGAGCCCUACAGCAGGGAGGAGAUCUGCCAGUGUCUGGGGAUCACUUUAGAAUGUCUCUGUAAUGACAUCCUGAGUCCCAACACUCAGCAUGUGACCCAGUUCAAGCUGUACCAGCGGGCCAAGCACGUGUACGGCGAGGCGGGGCGGGUGCUGCGCUUUAAGGCUGUGUGUGACCGGGCGGGGGCCCAGGCCAUCCAGGAGCUGGGGGAGCUGAUGCGGGACAGCCAUGCCAGCUGCAGGGACCUGUACGAGUGCAGCUGCCCUGAGCUGGACCAGCUGGUGGACACCUGCCUGCAGUCGGGUGCUGUCGGUUCUCGUCUCACAGGAGCAGGCUGGGGGGGCUGUGUGGUUUCCAUGGUUCCCGUGGACGCGCUGGACUCCUUCCUCCAGAGAGUGCGAGAGUCGUACUACCAGCCCGACGCGCGCCGCGCGGCUCUGGAGAAACAGAGUCUGUUUGUGACAAAGCCCGGCGGGGGAGCAGCCAUUCUGUUUCAGGCGUAGCAGUGUCACAGCAUCCGCCGUGUCCUGUUAAAGGUCCACACGCAUCCAGCGCAGGGGUUAGUAUCUAAAACAUCCGCAAAGAGCAGUGACAUAAGUACUGCCCCCAGAUGCAUACUUUUACCAAAAUUGCAGUUGUUUUACUCGGAACAGUAUGAAACAGAAAUCGAAAGGUCCGGGAUGAUCUGAAAAGCUCAAAGACGCGUGCGGGCCUUUAAUAUGUUACUGUCACAGGCAUGCGUAUUGGAAUGAUUCGCUACAUAGUGCCUAUUCAGAUUAUGGGAAUUCUAAAAUGGAAAUUAGGUGGGAGAAUCUACAAGUCAUUUCUUUGUAAUGAAGGGAAAAAAGAGGUUUGGCCUUUCAUACACUCUUUUGUUCUAUAGAACCAACAUUCCUGUGGGCGCAGUGGUGCAAUAAAGUUUGCGGUUUCUAUUUUCAUUUUCACACAUAUCUUGUAAAAGCCUACUAUAACUACAUGUGCGCAUUAAAAUCAAUUAAAUGAAAUAUUUUGCAUUUAAUAAUAUUAACCUUGUCAUGAGGAUAAGCGGGUUAGGAUAAUGAAUGAAUGAAUGAACCUUGUCAUGGAAGUACAGUAGAUUGAAUGGAAUAUGUAAGAAGUGACAGUCCCACCCUUGUCACUGCAAUUACACAAUACAGUGGAAGAUGCCUUUUAUAACAUUCACAUUAAAUUGUAUAUUUCAGCACAAAGCUUUACAAAUGAUGACUAACUCAGUAUAUCAGUUAAUUCAGUCAAAAUGGUAGAUUUGCUGAAUACUGCUGAAUAUACACUUACUGAGCACUUUAUUAGGUACACCUACUUAUUCAUGCCAUUAUCUCAUCAGCCAAUCGUGGCAGCAGUGCAAUGCAUUAAAUCAUGCAGAUACGGGUCAAGAGCUUCAGUUAAUGUUCACAUCGACUGCUCUCCUUGGAUUUUCACGCAGACCUGUCUCUAGAGUUUACUCAGAAUGGUGCGAAAAACACAAAACAACCAGUGAGCGGCAGUCCUGCAGACAGAAACGCCAGCAUGAUAAUGCAUCAUGUCACAAAGCAAAAGUAAUCUCAAACUGGUUUCAUGAACAUGAAAAAUGAGUUCAGUGUUCUUCAAUGGCUUCCCUACUCACCUGAUCUGAAUCCAGUAGAUCAUGUUUUCAACAUCUUGUGGAACCCAUGGCAUGAAGAAUUGAGGCUGUUUUGAGAGCAAAGGCACAAUGAAAAGGUUUAUUAUUCGCUGUAGGUACUACAGAUACAGGUGGCGAUGGGCCAUGGUCCUUCCAGCUGAAGUGGGGGGGUGAGGGAUGUUUGCCUUAAGGGAUCAUUAUUACAUGCUGUAAACUGCACGCUGCCCCAAAAGUGGCACAGCCAAAAUCUUGCUAGCUGUUGUGUUCUUUCAUCAGCAUCACACAUUUAAAUGAAAAGCUGUCCGUAUGAAAAGAUUACAAUGUUCUUGUUGCAGGCUCAGAAGGGGUGAAAAGUUAUCUCUGGCUUUUGAUACCGUUUAAUACAUUUUUUAAUGCUUGUGUGAUGGACUAUUAAAUUAAGUAUGUGAAUAGGAUGGUCUUAUGUAUGCAAUACUUUUAUGUAUGAAAGAUUAAUGUAUGAUUCAAGACAGACUUUGUGCUUUUAAAUCAUAAAUAUAAUAAAAAGUCAGAAUCUA